AUGAUGACUGUCUUAAAUUCUGUUAGAAUUGCUCAUUCAAGAAAAAGAGUGUUCAUCUUCAGUGGCAUAAAAAAACUUAGUUCAGGCACUCUAACUUCAACUCUAGAGGAAGGGGUACUAAUGGAUUUAUUAUAUAUUUAUAAUGUUACAGGAUCUCAAAUUCUUAUACUAGACUAUCAAUUUCCUUUUGCUUUUACUCAUUUAGUAAUAGACAUUGUUAGUGAUUUUAUAUUUAUUAUUAUGCUUAGCUUUAAUGAUUUUCUUGAGAAUAGACAGAUGAGUAUUAUUCCUCUUAAUAUUGUUCAACAAAAAUUUGAAAGGUCCUACAUAACAAUUAAUAAUUCUACUCAAGCUCGACUUCAUGUAGCAGAUUAUUUACAUGAUACUGAAUUGACAGGUAUUAUUUAUCAAAAUUCCAGUUUUCCUAAUAAAUCUGAUGCAUCUGACAUAAUGUUAGUAUAUAACAUGACUUAUUGUAGAUGGACGGACACUGUAAAUCUUGUGACAGAUGCUUCAGUCAAUAAUUUUGCUUUUUCUAAAGAAGGUUAUUCAAAUCCUUAA